AAACCUUAGCUAAUUCUGCAUUUGGGUGGGUCGUUUACUUCCCUAAUGGCACUCUCUUUGACAUCUCAUGGGGUCAGUGAGUACCAAAAAUGUGGGGUUGAAGAGGAAGGUGGUUCACAAAGUACUAAUGGCUUCAGCAAUGAUUCAGCUUCAGCCAUAACUCAAUCUCUGAUUAACUUCAAAGCUGACGAGUUCAGCAGCCUCAUGCAAGGUAGGGAGUCUUUUCUUAGCUUUCAGCAGAGCUGGAUGUUUUCCAAAGAGAGUAAUUUGCAUGAAGGUUGCAACCAAUGGAACCAUGUUAGUCCCAAAAACAACACUGCAGACAUGCGCCUAGUCCAAAAUUUCAGCUGCUCUGAAACUGCUACUUGCUAUAGCUCCAUAUUCAAUGGUGAAAAAGAAAAGAAACAAUGUGAAAGUUCAGCUUCUGGGUGGCUAUACUCAGAACCAAAUGUCCAUAGUUCUAGCCUGAAUGAGUCAGCAGCACAAGAAUCGGUCUUGCGAAAGCGAUCUUUUAUGGGAGAGACCAUGCAAGCUGCCAAUAACGCCAAGAAGCCUUGCACAACUGCAAGUAAAGCAACAAAACCAAAGUCAAGCCCUUCUAAGGAUCCUCAAAGUGUUGCUGCCAAGAAUAGAAGAGAGAGAAUAAGUGAGCGGCUUAAGAUACUCCAAGAACUGGUCCCCAAUGGCUCCAAGGUUGAUUUGGUUACCAUGUUGGAGAAAGCAAUUAGUUAUGUGAAGUUUCUUCAGUUGCAAGUGAAGGUGUUGGCAGCUGAUGAAUUUUGGCCUGUCCAAGGUGGAAAAGCUCCUGACAUUUCUCAAGUAAGACAAGCCAUUGAUUCCAUUCUUUCAUCUCAAAGAUGAAUUGUAGGUUAUGGAUCCAAUGAAUAAGUGUCAUCAUAAUCAAGACACGACAUUUCAGAACAGGAAAUUAGUUCUGGAAGUUGGUCGUUCUGAAGGACAUUUUAGUAUUUCAGAAUGCAUGACAUUUCUAAUUUGUAAACUUCUGAAUUAAAUCAAGAUCUGGCAGAAAAAAAGG